GUCUCUGUUAGGUCUGGCGCAGGUCGGAUCCUGUCCGGGUGGCCCAUGCAGUGUUUAGCAGCUGUCAUCAGGGACGACGGAAACAUGAGUGGAGGUGCAGAACAGGUGGAUAUUCUGCCGGUCAGCUAUGUGGUCAAAGAUCGCUGGAAAGUGCUGAAGAAGAUUGGUGGUGGAGGGUUUGGGGAGAUAUAUGAGGCAAUGGAUCUCCUUACCAGAGAAAAUGUCGCCCUGAAGGUGGAGUCUGCGCAGCAGCCAAAGCAAGUGUUAAAAAUGGAGGUGGCCGUUUUGAAAAAGCUGCAAGGGAAGGAUCAUGUCUGCAGAUUUAUUGGGUGUGGAAGAAAUGAGAAGUUUAAUUACGUGGUCAUGCAACUUCAGGGUCGCAAUCUGGCAGAUCUGCGCAGGAGUCAGCCCCGUGGUACCUUCACUAUGAGCACCACACUGCGCUUAGGGAAGCAGAUCCUGGAAUCCAUUGAAUCCAUUCACUCCGUGGGCUUCCUGCACCGGGACAUCAAGCCUUCUAACUUUGCCAUGGGACGCCUGCCAUCCACCUACCGGAAGUGCUACAUGUUGGAUUUUGGGUUGGCAAGACAAUACACCAACACCACCGGCGAGGUCAGGCCGCCUCGGAAUGUUGCUGGUUUCCGUGGGACAGUCCGCUAUGCAUCAGUGAAUGCGCACAAAAACAGAGAGAUGGGGAGACAUGAUGACCUCUGGUCAUUGUUUUAUAUGCUUGUGGAGUUUGCUGUUGGACAGCUGCCCUGGAGGAAGAUUAAAGACAAGGAGCAGGUAGGGAUGAUAAAAGAAAAAUAUGACCAUCGUAUGCUUCUGAAGCACAUGCCAUCUGAAUUCCACCUCUUCCUUGAGCACAUUUCCACUCUGGACUACUUCACAAAGCCAGAUUAUCAGAUGAUCAUGUCUGUGUUUGAGAGUAGCAUGAAGGAGCGAGGAAUUACAGAGAAUGAAGCCUUUGACUGGGAAAAAGGAGGGACGGAUAUCCUGCUCUCCACCACCACGUGCACCCCACCCCAGCAGAACACGAGACAGACUGCCGCCAUGUUUGGGGUGGUCAAUGUCACUCCUGUCCCAGGAGAUAUGCUCAGAGAAAACACUGAGGAUGUUUUACAAGGGGAGCACUUAAGUGACCAAGAAAAUGCUCCUCCGGUGCUUCCAGGCCGACCUGCUGACAUCACAGGGCAGCAAGCGCACAACGUUGGCUUUAAUGACUCAGAGGUCUGGGAGGAGACCGAUGUAAAUCGCAAUAAGCUCAGGAUCAGCAUCAGCAAGACACAGUGUCUAUUGGAGGAGGAUCACAGUCGUUUUGUUUGUCCCAGUUCCCCUGUCCGUGCCCCUCCAGAAUCUCCUACCACUCAGGCUAGAUCGCUCCGGUACCGCCGAGUAAAUAGCCCUGAGUCUGAGCGCCUGUCUACAGCAGAAAGAGCAGAAAUGCCUGAGAGACGAUCAAGGAUGGACCUCCCUGCCUCCCCAUCCCGUCAAGCCUGCUCUUCACAACCUGCUCAGAUGAUCUCUAUUGACACUGGACAAGCUGAUCGCCAGGCAAGUGGUCGGAUGGAAGUUUCGGCAUCUGUAGAGCACGAAGCUCUAAGCAAUGCUUUACGCUCAGUUCCUCUGGCAGAAGAGGAGGACUUUGACAGCAAGGAAUGGGUAAUCAUUGACAAAGAGACUGAGCUUAAGGACUUCCAUCCAGGGGCAGAGCCUACCACUUCAGGAACAACUGAUGAGGAGCCUGAGGAACUGCGGCCCUUAGAGGAAGGGGAAGAGAGAAGGAGACCGGGAGGGGCAGAGGCUGCGGUUAGACCUAAGGUCCAUGAGACCAGGCCACGGGCCAUGCAGACAGUAGCCGAGGAGGAGACUUCCUCCAGAAAUGAGAGCCCGGAUGGCAGACCGGAACAUCCCCUAGGAAGCCCUUCACACUCACACUCCACAUCAGCAGCACGCCAGAGGAGACGAGAGUCUGACCCCACGGGUCCCCAGAGACAGGUAAGAAGAAUCUUGAAGCACUUUGAAAUAAAUGGGAUACCCAAGGUGGUGCCUUUAAGUUUGCCUUACCAGGAUUUCAAAAAGGACAUAUCAGAUAGCAAAGAAAUGCUCCGUGUACCACACAGGAUAAAGAGAGUAGACUUCUCCAGUGUAGUCUUUUCACCUGUGCAGUCAUUAGAGCCUCACAUUAUCAUCAAUGAAAGGCCCACACGGCAGGAGGAAGAAGAGGAGGAUGAGGAAGAAACAGAGGAGGAAGAAGAGGCAGAAUUUUUAGUAGAGGAUGUGGACUUGCAGAGUGAGUCUAGUAGUGAAGUGAGCCAGAAGAGCACUGAGCGUAGUCAAGAAGGUGCUCCCUCUACUCUACUGGCUGAUGACCAGAAGGAUUCUCGGGGACGAGCCUCAACUGCAGAAAAUGAUUUAGAGUUAGAAGAGGGAUCAAAGACCUUAGUGCUGUUUUCCCCCGGGGACAUGAAGAAGUCUCCAGUCACAAAUGAGUUGAUCCCAGAAGUUGAUCUUGGAACUCUAGCUGCUCUGACUCCUCAAGCAGAAAAACCCCAUCCUACUGUCAGUCAGCUGGAUGUAUCUGAACCAGGAACCUUAUCCUCUAUUCUUAAAUCAGAGCCAAAACCACCCAAUACAGUAGCUACCACCACUUCAUCCACUUUUACCAAAGUUGAACGCACAUUUGUCCAUAUUGCAGAAAAAUCACACUUAAAUAUUAUGUCUUCCACAGGACAGCUAGUGAGAAUGGAUGAGCAUUAUACACCAGGGCAAUUUGAGGAGCCCAUAAUUGAGGAAGAGCUAGAGGAAUAUGAACAGCUUAAGGAAAAUGGCAGCAUUAACUCUGCAGUGGAAGUGGGUGAAAUUGACAGCUGUGCAGUGUCAGCCAGUAAUAUUGAAGUCUGUGCUGAGGUGCCAACAGACCUUCAUGCUGCCAAUGUAGUUAGUGAAUCUGAAGGUCAACUGGAUAAGGAUGCUAGUGAGAUGGUAUUAAAAGAGUAUACCAAGCUAGAACAGGAAAAGAUUGUGUUUGCCACUGAUCGCCUUAAAGGAGCUGAGGAGUGCACCAGCAAGGGACCCAUCAGAUCCCCUGGUCUCCGAUUUAGGAGUCGCAUCCCUGUGUUUCUGUCAGAAGAAGACACAGGGUCAGAUCAGUCUGUGUCAAAUUCUGCCAAAGAGAGACUCCAUAAGAGAGCAAAACAGAUAGAUUUAGCGAGAUUUGUCAUGGAGAAGAGACAGAUACGCCUACAAAGGUUGGCCUCUGCUGGUUCCUCAUCUGCUUCAUCUGGUGAAGAAAGGAGAAGAACGUCAGAAACACUCUCCACAACAGGAUCUGAGGAAGAUACACAUGACUCUGAUGACUCUGUACCCCAGAAAGUUGGAUUAGAGAAACCAAUUUUGGUGAGGAAGGAAGAAGGUGUAUCUAGUCCAAAAAGUAGAAUCCCCCGUCCCAUUACACCAUUGAAAAAUGUACGUUCCACUGUCCCACACACAGCAUCUGAGAGUCCUUUAAAAGAACAAGCAGCUACACACAGAUAUCAAUUACUGCGAGAUGCCAUUAGUGGGGGAAUUGGCAUCCCCCUUGAUCCCAGGCCUAAAUCUCUUCACAUGAGGCUUCCUCCCUUGUCCAGCCCAAUUCCCACAAGAAACAAUGUCAGGAGAGUGGUCCGCCACCCACCCAAGAGCCCUGUGGCUGCACCUCAAACACUUGGCUCUACUCCAAGAAGCCAGUCCCUCUCCAGAACAGAGAACCUAUCCCCAUGCAGACAGAAAAAGCCGGCUGCCACCGCACCUCGACUUUACCCAUCUCCUAGACUCCAGCAUCGGGUGCAGGUCCAAGAGGAAAGCAAAGCAACGCCAGCAAUUGCCAGGAAAGGACAGAGGCUAAAGGUGCAAACACAGAGUCUGGCAACAAAAACAAAGCAGGGAGCAAGAGAUGGAAAAUCUGAUGGCAGAUAAUGUAGGAACUGUGGUACAAUUUACAGAAACCAUGCAAGGGUCCAGGCAUAGAAGAUUGUAACACUUUGCUCACCCUCUAAGCUCAAUGCACACAUUAUGAGGUCAUGAUCCAUCCACGGAGAAAGCAGCCCAGGGUGCUAACACUUAAUAAAACCUAUGGGUUCCUAGAGGUGGUUAUUAUUCACCACAGAGGGCAUUAGAGGUCCAGUCAUUCAGUAUCUGGUAUUGUGGUGGCAAAACAACAUUAUAAUCAUAUACUGCAACGGCCACUUCAAAUCUUUAAAGGUGUGGCACCAUAACAUUACUGCAACCUUAUCAUACCCCCCCUCAGGUCAUCAUGAUUAUGUUAAUAGAGUUGUCUAAUUCUUGGGUUCAGUUGUUUCUAAUUUUGUCAUCUUAGUCCUAAUCCAACUAC